AAAAGAAACAAAAUAUACUAAACAAACUCCAGAUAUUCUUUAAGUCGGAUCAAAUUUGAAACAAAACAAAACACCAAAAAAAAAAAAAACAAAAAGCCCCAGACAAAAAAAAACAAAAACAACACUUUGGAAAUUUAUUAGUGGGCACAGUUAAAAUUUCGUUUUUAAAUUAUUGCUACCAAGCGAAUGUCUUUGGAAAGGUCGAAAUUCUUUGCGGGGGCUCGGGGUGUCGAGACCAACGCAUUCUACGGGUCCAUGACGCUCGGCGCUGGCGAAGGUCACGGCUUUGUUGCCCAUACAGCGGCGCGUGCCCGCUUUGGAGGCGUCCCAAUGCGCCAACAACAACAACAACAACAACAACAGCAGCAGCUGCUGCUGCAACAACAGCCGCCACCAACGGAGGCGGCAAAACCAAAAGUGGCGAAACGUCGCGGCGCACAGCCAAAGGUGGCCAACACAAUGCCAUGCACUGUGGAGGAGUUCACAAGGCGUGCCCAAGCAUUGGCCACGGGCAAAGCUGUCGUCGGCGGCGGCGGCACAGCGGGCAAAUCCGCGACGAGCAGUUAUAGGCGCAAUGUGCGGGGUACAGCUGGCGCAGAUGCGGCGGCCAAGAAAGCGAAUGCUGCAACGAACAUCAAUCGGAAUCGCGGCCAGACAGUUCACACGUCCACAGGUGGCAACGAUGCGAAUCAGGAGUGGAGCAUGCCGGCCAAAACGGCGAACGGUAGCGGACGCAAGCCGGUGGCGCGUGGACGCCGCAAUGGCCGCGUGCGCAACGAGACGCCGCAGACGAAAUGGCUGCUGAUGCCGCAGAGCAAUUUUCGGCAAUGCAGCGAAUCCUCGUCGGAGGCGAAUUCGCCAAGCAAUGCCAGCCAGCAGCAGCACGUUAAGCUGCGCGUUAAGGCCUCCUGGCCGGCCAUCGGCAGCCGGAUCAGCCCCAGGCGUCAGCAGAUUGUGGAGACGCCCACAAAAUCCAAUGUACAAUCGCGCUUAUUCACAGUGCCCAGCCAGCGCCAAACGAUGUCUGAUGAGCCAAAGCAGGCGCAGCUAAGCGAUCAUGUGCGAUCAAUGCGACAGCAACAACAACAGCAACAGCAGCAGGCGUCAACGACUUUGCUGUUGCAGGCGGACGGCGUUAAACAGACGGCGUCCGUCGACAACAGUCGAAGGUCGGCGUCGUCCGUGAAGCCCAGUCCGAACAGCAACACAAAUUGCAGCAACAACAGCUAUCAAUUGACGCUUGGCUUGAGUGGCAGCAGCAGCAGCACCUGGUCGAACAGUGAGUCAUACGAAGCGCCCCUUGCACUCAAAGGCGACAACAAGACCAUCAAGGUAACCUCAACCGUUAUCAAAAUAAUGCCCGAUACGCCGCUGCGCAUCAUAACACCAGCACCACCAGCAGCAGCAGCAGCACCACCACCACCACCAGCAGCAACAUUAGCAGCAACAGCAACAGCAGCAACAACAGCAGCAACAGCAGCUGCAACAAUUUCUGCGCCCAGGCCAUCAAUGCUAUCGUCAGUUAACAAGCGUGUGCCGCUCAAGCAGCCACAGCAACAGCAGCAGCAGCAGCAGAAGCCUGCACAACAGCAACAGCUGCAAAAAGCAACAGCAGCAGCAACAGCAGCUGCGGCAGCAGCAGCAGCAGCAACUGCAACGGCAACAGGAUCGUCGAAAAUUGUGCGCGUGGAUCAGCACAAGGUGCCAAAGACCAUAGAGGAUGGCAUCGAUAUAAGCUAUCAGUAUUUUGUGUCUACGCCCGUUGCACGUGGCAAGAAGCCGUUGCCCAUACGCUAUUUAUACAGGCCGAUGGUGCGACGUUUGAAUCAGGCGAGCACAACAACAAGGCAUAGUCGUCGCAGCGGAGGCGGCGGCGGCGGCAGCAGCAGCAAAAAGGGUCUGUCGGAGGGCAAAACGGAGGAGGAAGAGCUGCUGGAGCAGAAUGUUCGGCUGGAUCAGGUUCAGGAUGCAGUGGACUCAUCGGCCGGCAGCAGCGAUAUUGAGUCCUUUGAUUCGAUCACAGAGCUAACUGAGCACAAUCGCGAUUUUGAUCCGCCGCCAAUUGUGGUAGAUGCGAAAUACUUGCCAUUUGUAAAGCAAUUGCAGAAUCAUCCCUGGCCACAGGAGCAGCGCAGAAAGGAUGCUGUGCAACAGUUGCAAAUACUCAAACAGCAACAGUUGCAGCAAAUGCAACAGCAACAGCAACAGUUGCAGCUGCAACAUCAAAAAGAAGAAGAGCAGCAGCUGCAUCAGCAGCAGCAGCUGCUGCAGCAGGCACAGGGAGAACAGGAGCAACAGCUGAAGAAGGCAAAACAUUUGCAAAUGUUGCAGCAGCAACAGCAACUAAUACAACAGCAACGGCAGCUAAUUGAGGAGCAACAGCAACAAUUGCUGGCACAGGAACAACAGCUCAGUCCACGCCCAGUGCUGAUCGAUUUUCAGCCAAAUGUGACGCGUCUUAGCGCUGUUGGCGGUGCCAACAUUUGCUAUCAUGCACCAAUACGCGUGUGCGCUGGUGCUGUCGAACCAGCAACUGUUGCUGCUGCCGAGGCGACAGCAACAGCAACAGCAGCAGCUGUAGCCAUGCCCGAGAUAAUUGAGGCGCCGAUAAUAGCUGCCAUUACCUACGAAGAUGUUGAGCUAAAUGCCUGCGCUGCCGCCAAGACCGUAAGCUUUCAGAUGGAAAGGGACAACAACUGCAACAGCAACGACAACAGCAACAGUUGCAGCCAGAGCGAGAGCCACAACAACAGCAACAAUUGCAGCGUUUGCGGCCUAACGGCCAUGCCCCCAAAAACAGAAAGGAAGCGACGAAAAUGCAAAUCGCGUGGCAAGAAGAAGAGCCGCAACUAAACGUUGCACCUCCCGAAAUGGGUUGGCAAAAACGGGUUGCAAAUAAUAUGCCACAUUGAUAUUUUGGAAGCGUGCCCAAUUCACAAUUUAUACAAUUCAAUUUCGAUUAUAAUCCAUUUAGUUAUUUCCUUAAUGUA